GCUGGGACCAUCCUUGAAUGGGAAGUUGUGUAGCUGCCGGUAACACUUUCAAUAUAGAAGCCCGGCGGCUCCAUUGAGCGCUGCGUUCCUUUUCUUUUUAUUAAUGUUAGGUCUUGCAGUGUAGCAGGACAAUCAGAUGCCCCCCUGCCCCAUGCAUUGCCCAUGUCUGCCUUUUAAAACGCCCCUCCUCUCAAAAGUGACUAGAGAUUUCAAGGCAAAGGCUGCCUGCUUCCAGUCGGAUUCUGUGCUGGCUAAAAAACUAUGUAGCCAUUUCCCUCCAUGAUUUCCAAGCUAGCCUUCGAACCCUUGUUUCACCUUCCCUGAUGCUUGAUAUCCAAAUGACCAAAGCAUUUGAUGUAGAUGAUUGUGGCAGGUGCUGCUCCCAAACCACACUUUUAGCAUAGUGCUUCACACCCAUUGAAAUUGUACAGAUCUUCAAAGCAAUACUUUUUGCUCGAUUUCCUUGGAAGUAUUAUAAGCUCUCUCAUUGUAUUAAUGCUACAUAAUACUAAAUGUGCUUUCCCAAAGUCCUUAUGAGUACAGUCAUUUUAAAACUUAUAUUUGUGCAGUCCUCAUUCUUAGAUGUUUAGGACAGUGGACUGGGGCUCAUUUAAUCUUUGCUGCAUGACUGGUCAGAAUGAGAAAUAGUACACUAAGUCAUUCAAGCCCCUGCCUGUAACCACACACCUCCGUGUUUGGUCAGUGCCAUUAAAUGGGCUUAAACAGCCCACUGUGUUCAUCAGGAGUCUCAUUGGGCAUGACUUACUAGGCAAAACUGGGGAACAAAAAAUAUUUUAUGUAAGAAUAUUUUCACUGCUCAAAUUCAACAAAAUUUCAUGCAUACAUAGUAAAAACAUCCUAUUUGCAGCUAUAAAUCAUUUGAGAAGACCAGUGUUGUGGUUAAAGGUCUGAACGUGCUUGCUGAACUUGGUUGUUUUCUUGCAGAUGGUUCAUGGCUGAAUUAGGUAACAUCAAUGCUAGUGAAUGUGAUAUAAACCUUGUUUAUAUAUCGUAGUUUUAGAGGUUGUGUUGUAGUCUUUUUGUUUCCUUCCUAGGUAUUGUGUCUUUUGAAAGAUAGGUAAAUGUGUCUAUCGAUGACUGAUUUGUCUGAAUAUCAAACUUCCAAGUGAUCCUACUAUUUUUCGACUGGGUUUACCUAAAAGACUAUUAGUUUCCCAGUUAAAGCUAUGGCUGAAUCUGUCCAUGUGUGGUAUGAUGGAGGAAUUUUUGUCAUGUCUUCUGACUGUAGAUAGUCUGGGUGCGCUUUGCUAGUCUGCGGAGUCCUUAUGCUCUUCGAGCUGGGCUGUUUGCUUGUACAUGUUUCAUUACCCGACUAAGUGACAUCAUCAUUGGUAGGGAGUAUGAGGUUUGCUCCCUGUUUAUAUAUAUUAGUUUGCCUUUCCAUGUUGGUGAGGGUGUGGUUUUCUCCUUGGUUGAUUUGAGUAUUGUUUUCUGCUUCAUUGUCUGGUGUUAAUUCCUGCUUAUCUCAGUGUUGGUAGCUGGAGAGGAUAUUUUCUUCUUAGCUUUUUUGUGGUCUCUUUUUGAAUAGUGUGUAAAUGUGAUUUAUCUCUGUGUGCCCACUGGUGGCUGAUUUCUCUGAAUGCCAAGCUUCCAGAAAUUCCCUAAAUCCAUUUUUUGAAUUAGCUUGAUUUAAGAUGUUCACAGUUGAAACUAUGGUUGAGUCUGUUAACCAUGUUGUAUGAUUAAAGAGUUUUCAUGGUGUCUUCUGACUGCUAGUUGGUAUUAUGGAUGUGCUCUGCCUGUCUACCCUGCAAACUUUAUUUAUUUAUUUAAUUUAUAUUGCCACCUACUCGCCCAUGGCAACUCAGGGCAGCUUACAGAAUAUAAAACCACAUUUAAAACAAUAAAAACUAAAAAAAGAAUCAUAUAAAUUAAUAUAGUACAAUAUAACAAAAUCACCCCCCACCCCAGUGACAGCAGAUCACACGAGCCAUUUAAUGGGCUUCAUCUGGCUCUGGGUUCCCCAGGCCUGCUGGCAGAACCAGGUCUUCAGUGCCUUCCGGAAAAGUAUUAGAGUGGAGGCCAUUCUAAUCUCUGGGGGAAUGAUGUUCCAGAGAGAGGGAGCCAUCACGGAGAAGGCCCUUAUUCUGGGUCCCACCAGGUGUAUCUCCCUUGAUGAUGGGACCCACAACAUUCCCUGCCUCCCCGCUCUGUUGGGUUGGAUAGAUGGGACGGUCCCUCAGAUAACCUGGUCCCAAGCGAUGAAGUACUUUAAAGCUGACAACCAAUGCAGUUCCCACAGGAGAGGUGAUACAUGUGCACACAGGGGUCUGUACAAAACUAUGCGGGCCACUGCAUUUUGUACCAACUGGAGCUUCUGGAUGCUCUUCAAAGGCAACCCCAUGUAGAGCAUGUUGCUAUAGUCAAGACGGGAAGUGACUAGGGCAUGAAUGAUUGUGAGUAGGGACUGUUGGUCCAGGAAAGGGCAUAUCUGGCACACAACCCACAGGUGCGCAAAGACCCUCGGUCACUACCGCCAUCUGCUCUUCAAGAAGGAGUUGUGAGUCCAGGAAAACCCUUAGAUUACGCACCGGGUCUGUUUGGGGUAGUGCCAACCCAUCCAAGACUUAUGCAAGAUGUUGUAGAUGACUCUGUUUUUUCUUCUUGGGUCUUUUGGUUUACUUAAGUUGUUUCGAAGGGCUUUAGUGUGUGUGUGUGUGUGUGUGUGUGUGUGUGUGUGUGUGUGUGACCAUAAAGCUGUGUUGUUAUAAUGAUUGUUUCUGAGAUGUCUUUGAUGUAUGGAAGUAUUAUUUUUUUCAUAGCUUUGUUGGUUGUCUUGUAGUAUAAUAUCUACAACCAAACAAUCAAGUUCAGAGAGCACCAAGGACUCCACCAUUCAGCCCUGAGGUACAUACAUAUAUACACUUCUAUUAGAUCAGUUCUUGGGUAAUGUAUUGCACUUGUUUAUGGACACAGUUAUUGCAAGUUAUAUUCCUUUCCCUCCCCAAUAUAUGGGAACAUUCUCAAUCACAAAGUUCAAACUUAGGAUAUUUUUGAGUUUAUUUCUAGCUAGAAGGGCUGCAGUCAAUCUGAGGCAGGUUCACAAGAAUGCCUGACUUCUGCAGUUGUAAGAGAUUUGUUAAAACUGUUUUGCUUUCAGAUACUACUGGCUUUAGAAUAUUUCCAGGAUGCUUGAAGCAUUAUACUAUCAUUAAACUGAACCAUCCUGUUUAAAAUUCUGACUGAUCUGUAGAAAAUUGCAGAAAAAAGUAGAGCUCAAGUUCUGUUGUUUUCUUUGGAGCUUUGGAUGAUGAAACUUGGAUAGGCAAAUAGCUAAUUUUGGGAUUUAUUCUAUAGUUGCAAAAUUGUAUUUUUCUUCUAGUUGAUGCACUGCUUUUGUAGACCGACGGUAAUUUGUUUAAUACGUUAUUGUUAUUGUACUGUUACCUACUUUGAAUUACUUAAACAAGACAUGGGACAUAAACAGAAAUACCGUAGUUGGUGAAAGGUUUGAAUCAUUCAAGAUAAGAACCUUGAAGAUCACUCUCUCUCUCUCUCUCUCUCUCUCUCUCACACACACACACACACACACACACACACACACACGUGAUUUGCUGUGAUAAUUUUCUUAAACAUUUUGUUCACAUAAUUGCUCAUAUGCUAAUAAAUUUCAACAUUUAAAGCAUCUGAUGGCUCACAGACACACCUGCUUAUCCAAUUUUGAUAAACGAAUUUUAUCUUUCUUUUAUACUGCAACUCCAUUUCUGAAGAUUGAAUGACUUACAAUAUUGAUAUCAUAACAUUAAAAUAUGAAGCCAUCUAUUUGCUUUUCGGACUGAUGGAAUCUAGCUAGUAGAUGGGAAGUAGUCUUACAGCCAGUUUGGUAAUGUAGUUAAAGAUACUUGGCUAGAAAAUGGGGUAUAUUACUCUUAAAGUCUGGCUACCUGGCUUGAGCUCCAGAGAUGCAAAGUUUGAAUCCAGACUUUUGGAAUCUUACCUGGAAAACAGAAGUUGGCUGAUAAAACACAGGAUGCAUUCCAAGAUAAAAUAGGCGAAGAAUGGCUUGUCUUAAUGUUUGAAACAUUCAUUGCUUAAAUUGCAAUCUGAAUCCAUAUUUAGGGAUUAAAUUUAGUCCCUUUCCUUUCUUCACACUGAAUUUCUGAACUUUAACUUAUAGUUUAAAAGUGGCCCUAGAAUAUAAUAAUAACAACAACAACAGAGUUGGAAGGGACCUUGGAGGUCUUCUAGUCCAACCCCCUGUCCAGGCAGGAAACCCUACACCACUUCAGACAAAUGAUUAUCCAACAUGUCCUUAAAAAUUUCCAGUGUUGGAGCAUUCACAACUUCUGCAGGCAAGUUGUUCCACUUAUUAAUUGUUCUGACUGUCAGGAAAUUUCUCCUUAGUUCUAAGUUGCUUCUUUCCUUGAUUGGUUGUAGUGGUUGUAAUAGAAGCAUUUGGAAUGCUUCUCUUACAAGCACUCCCCCUUGUGUUUAGGUUAACUUUAGUAUGAUGCUCUGUAAUAGAAGCUGUUUCUUAACUGAGGAGGGAUAAGGCAGACAUGGGAGGUUGGUGCAGUAGUAUGGACAAUUCUGCCUAAUCCUUUUUGUUUUCUCAGAGAUUUGCAUGCUGUAUUUGCAUGCUGAGGAAUCCGACUUGCAAUGGCCAGUAAAGGUGGCAGCACCUUCCGAGUUUUCACUUUCUGCAGGGAGUAUAAAAUUGAAGACAAUUCUGAGAUUCUAUUUGAAGCCUAAGCUAUUAAGCAGGGAAGUCUGUUUAUUCUUACUUUUCUUCUCUGUUCUUCUGUUUAGUGGAAUUCUGGCUUCUGUCUCAGAAGAAAAAUUGAGGGGAAAGGAUCCUAACAGUCACCUGGGGCUUAUUUGUGCUGCUGCUGUAGAACCAAAGAUGCUAUAACAUUUUCUUGGCUCUAGAGAAACCUAAUGCCAAGACAUACUUUUUUUUUCCUGAAUGUGAUAAAUCCUUAUAAGUGCUGACACAAUAGGAUUGUUCUCUUGGAACUCCUGUUUCUGAAGUAACUUGGACUGGCGUUUCUCAGAUCUGUAUCUUUCUCUAAAGUGCUUGUGAUGUGUCUGCAAACUACAGCUUUGGCUGUAUUCUUUCAAGGACUUUGAAAUACGUUCUUUAGUAAAUUGAUAUUUUAAAAAAUAAGUAUUUGUGUGAUACAAAUUCAGUCUCACAUUUGACAGAUUAUUCUGCUGCACCCAAGUCUUUUUAUCAUUUCAAGUAAUUUUGAGAUGUUUGCUUAUUUGAAUUGAUACCCAAUUUUCCUUCCCUGAUCAUCAUUUAUAAGUUUAAGUAGUUUACAAUAAUAAAAUUAGGUGUUAAAGAUCAAAAUAUGAAUAUAGGAUGUCUGUAGUCCAAGUUAAGUUAUUAGAGGCCAGUUGUCCUAUUUUAUAUGUUAAAAGUAAUAGAUUGUUAUACAAGUAGUCCUCAACUUAUAGGACCACAAUUGAGCCCAAAAUUUCUGUUGUUAAAUGAGACAUUUGUUAAGUGAAUUUUGCCCCAUUUUACAAUCUUUCUUGCCACGGUUGUUAUGUGUAUCACUGUAAUUGAUAAGUCAAUAACCUGGUGGUUAAGUGGAUGUGGCUUCCCCAUUGAUUUUGCUUGUCAGAAAGAUGCAAAAGAUGAUCACAUGACCUUGGGAUAGAGCAGCGUUUAUAAAUAUGGCUCAGUUGCCAAGCAUUUGAAUUCUGAUUAUAUGAUCAUGGGGAUGCUGCAAAGGUCGUAACUUUGAAAAAUGGUCAUAAGUCACAUUUUUCAAUGCCAUUGUAACUUUGAACAGUCACUAAAUGAACUGUUGUAAGUAGAGGACUACCUGUAGAAUUGAUUUGUACAGCCUGAUGGUAUCCUUUUGAGUACUGGAUGCAAUGAGAGAGCUUUGAGUUUUGUUACUAUGUUCAGUGGAGAAGAACACAUUUUGUAGUUUCUGCUUGACCAUUGUUGCACGGACCCAAAUGGUCUGUAAAAGGGAUCCUCCUGUAUUUUCCUGUUAAGCCAGCAGGGCGGAAGGUGCUGACAUCUAACAAAGUAUAGCCUUUCUGUAUUUACUUUUGCAAAUAGAAAGAUGUGGGGCUCUGGCCAAAUCAGAUUAGCACCCUGUGUUCAUUAUGGGACCUUCAGCUCAGUAUCCGGUGUAUGUAAGUAAACAGGCAGAAGUUAAGCCCCAAUACAGACAGUGUCUUCACUAUAGAUAUUUUCCAUGAAUCAUUUAGCCCAGCUAAACCCUGUGGGAAAAAGGGACAACAGAGCUGAUUAUGCUACCUUCAACAUGCCUCCCUUCAGAAAUAGGGCAGCAUGUAAAAUUCAGCCAAGCAGAUAUUUCAAUUAUUCAAGUUCUAGGAGGGGAUGAAGUAACAAAAAAGUGGACUCUAGAUAAAAAUAUGCUAGGUAUUUGACUUCAAAAAAAUGUAGAAGUUGUAGAAGUUGCCCUAUUCAGGGGUCAAUGGAAAUUUAACUGAACUAAUUCAGUACCGUUUUUUAAAUACUUGGGAGCUUCCAGGCUCAAAGAAGGUUCAUAGAUCUUAUGAGCCCUAGAAUUAUGUUCCCAGAAUUGCUGUGGGAACAAACUGUCAAUAUAGUCUUGGUUUCCUGACAAAAAAAACCCAUACUUUUCAUUUUGGGCUAAUGUGUUUCUACCUGAUUCUUCGUUAUACUGAAGAACCCCAUAGCGUUAGUAUAUUCUAUUGGGAUUUUAAAAAUUACUAAAGUAUCUUCAUUAAGCUGGAAAUAUGUUCUCUGCCAAUGUUUUCUGAUGGAUGGAAAUUCAGUUUAUUGAGAUGAUCCAAGAGACCAUUUAUAUAGAAAUUUAAAAGGAACAAGUAUGCCUCGCAUAACACCUUUGUAGAUUGGAAUAUCAUUUGUCCAGUUUGCCAGAGAUGUUGCAUCUAACUUUCAGUGCUGUAUCAGUUUGUAAUCUAUAUGUGAGUAGUAACAUGCACUGAUCAACUGUGGAAGCAAAAAUAUAGAAUUAUCAUCUUCAAUGUUUUUUCAACUUUCAGUAUGGCCUCUGGUGUUUCCAUCCAAGGACUAGAUAUAUUCAGCCCUGCUUAAGUCAGCCAAGCUACCCCAUGGCUGAUGAGCAAUUUUUAGGUUUUGGCUCAGAUGAUGAGGCCAAAGGAACCAAUUCCCCCAAGUCCCUUGCAGUCUCAGUCAAAGCUAGUGCACGUAAACCUCGUGGGAGACCUCGGAACGGUUCAGACCGAAGUCCAGCUGCUCUACCAGAGUCCUUGCCAAUAUAUUCACCUUCAAGCAAGCCAGAACCGACAUCCAUGGAAAAAAUAAAAAGGAAAGAAUUUAAAAGUGGAGAAAAACGGCGAGGGAGACCUCCUGCUCUAACCAGUGUGAAAUUUAAGAUCAGCCAUAAAGAGUGCAUUCCAGAUGCUCAGAAAGGAGGGAAGGAAGAAAAAGAGAAUGUAAAGAAAAUAAAGCGGGCACCAUCAGCUACCUUUCAGCAUGCUGCAAAAAUUAAGAAAUUAAGAACAGGCAAACUCUCUCCACUGAAGUCUCAGUUCAAAUCCGGGAAGCUCCAGAUUGGAAGGAAAGGGAUCCAGAUUGCCCGCAGGAGAGGGAGGCCACCAUCUUCUGAUCGCUUGAAAACCAUGCCAGCUCUUGUAUGUUCCCAGUUGGAGAAAGUCCAGAGGGCGCGAAAGGAGAGAGAGGGUGUACCAUCUCUCCCCAAAGAUGAAAAGCCAAUAGUUAGACAGAGCCCUCGCAGACCAGUAAGGAUGAUUCCUUCUUGCAAGAGGACAGAUGCCACAAUUGCCAAGCAGCUCUUGCAGAAGGCAAAGAAAGGAGCUCAAAAGAAAAUGGAGAAAGAAGCAGCAAAGCUUCAGGGCCGGAAGGGGAGGACUCAGCUCAAAAACAUUCGGCAGUUCAUUAUGCCUGUGGUGAGUGCCAUCUCUUCACGAAUAAUUAAGACUCCCAAGCGUUUCAUUGAAGAUGAAGACUAUGACCCGCCAAUUAAAAUAGCACGCUUGGAGUCUACCCCAAACAGCCGCUUCAGUGCUACCUCUUGCGAGUCGAGCGAGAAGUCCAGUGUCGCAUCUCAGCACUCCUCCCAGCUGUCUUCAGAUUCCUCGCGGUCCAGCAGUCCAAGUGUUGAUACAUCCACAGAUUCACAGGCUUCCGAAGAGAUGCAAGCUCUCGCAGAAGAAUGCAACAAUACUUCAGAGGUCCACCCGUCCCUGCCAGAGUCCACCUCCCCUGAUAAUGAGGGCGCUGAGCAGAGAAGGAGGAGGAGGUUUUCAAUGGCAGAGAAAAAUUUUGCCCCCAAAGCAGCUAAGAAGCUGCCCAGCCUCCAAAAUGUGUCUCAACAGCAGUCGUCAUCUUCUUCACCUCCCCCCCCACUGCUUACCCCGCCUCCCCCUCUGCAGCCAGCAGCAGGAAUCUCCGAUCAUGCGCCGUGGCUCAUGCCUCCCACCAUUCCCUUGGCAUCACCCUUCUUGCCAUCUUCUGCUGCUGCACCCGCACAAGAGAAGCGGAAGUCAAUCCUCCGAGAACCAACCUUUCGUUGGACGUCUCUGAAGCCCUCCCGGUCUGAACCCCAGUACUUUUCCUCUGCCAAGUAUGCCAAAGAAGGUCUUAUCCGCAAGCCGAUUUUUGAUAAUUUCAGGCCACCGCCCCUGACCCCAGAGGAUGUGGGCUUUGCUGCUGCUGCCGGCUUUACCCCUCCUGGGGCCACGGCUCCCACCCGCUUAUUUUCUCCUCUUCAUUCUGGAACAAGGUUUGAUCUACACAAAAGAAGUCCUCUGUUGCGAGCGCCCAGGUUCACCCCCAGUGAGGCGCACUCACGCAUCUUUGAGUCUGUCACAUUGCCUUCUUCGAUUAGUCGAAGCACUACGGGAAGCGCUAUGGCAGCAGCUUCUUCAAGGAAACGAAAGAGGCGAGUGUUCAGUCCAAUUCGAUCUGAGUCGAGAUCUCCUUCGCACUCUAUGAGGACAAGAAGUGGAAGACUCAGCACCUCUGAGCUGUCCACACUCCCUCCGUCCUCCUCCUCCGUCUCUUCUUCCGUAACUAGCAUUUCUGUCAGCUCCCUUGCCACUAGUGCCUUAAACACCACCACAUUCACUUUCCCUUCGCAUUCCCUGUCCCAGACUGGGGAAGCAACAGAGAAAAGCCAGAGACCGAGGAAGCAGACAAACCUUCCUGCCGAGCCAUUCCCAUCGAGUGGUGCUGCUCCCCUUUUUCCUUGGUUCGCACCAGGUCCACAGGCAGAGAGGUCCAGGAGCAAAGACAAAUCCACUGAGGAGCUGUCCAAAGACAAAGAAAGGGACAACAGUCCUGAGAAGGAGAAGAGCCGAGAAAGAGAUCGAGACAGGGAGAAGGAAAACAAACGUGAAUCAAGGAAAGAAAAGAAGAAGAAGGCUUCAGAAAUCCAGAGUAGCUCUGCUUUAAUCCCAUCAACUCGAGGUUCUAAAGGAAAGGUUAUUGUCAGUGAAGAUGUAGCAACCUCAUCUUUUGCCAAAAAACCUGCAGGACGGAGGAAAUUAACUGCCCCUGAUCCAGCAGCAGAUGUCCCUGCAGUAGUUCUUGUGGACUCAGCUAGCAUAAAGACCAAGUUACCCAAGAAAAGCCGAGGGGGCUUGGAGAAAUCAAAUCUGGACCUUGGGCUGGCAGCCUCUUCUGCAGAAAAGGGAGAAUCUUUGCGUCUUCCUGCUGCCUCACUUGGCAUUGUGAAACAUUCCUCCAUCAGCUCAGUAUUGGCUCAUGCUGAUAAACUUCCAAUGACUGACAAGAGGGUAGCUAGUCUCCUGAAGAAAGCAAAAGCUCAGCUCUAUAAGAUUGAGAAGAGCAAGUCCCUUAAGCAGGUGGAUCAGCCCAAAGGACAGGGUCAAGAAAGCGAUUCGUCAGAAACAUCUGCGCGAGGUCCACGCAUCAAGCAUGUCUGCAGGAGGGCAGCCGUAGCCCUGGGCCGCAAACGAGCAGUCUUCCCAGAUGACAUGCCCACCCUGAGUGCCUUACCAUGGGAAGAACGGGAGAAGAUACUGUCUUCCAUGGGGAACGAUGACAAAUCCUCUGUGGCUGGAUCAGAAGAUGCUGAGCCCCUCGCACCUCCCAUCAAGCCCAUCAGGCCUGUAACCAGAAACAAGGCCCCUCAGGAGCCCCCUGUGAAGAAAGGCCGGCGGUCGAGACGCUGUGGGCAGUGUCCAGGCUGCCAAGUCCCAGAAGAUUGUGGCGUCUGCACAAACUGUCUGGAUAAGCCCAAGUUUGGUGGGCGGAACAUAAAAAAGCAGUGUUGCAAGAUGAGGAAGUGUCAGAACCUGCAGUGGAUGCCAUCAAAAGCUUAUCUCCAGAAGCAAGCCAAAGCUGUGAAAAAAAAGGAGAAGAAAUCCAAGUCCGGCGAAAAGAAAGACAGCCACCUGGGGAAAAUUCAGGGGGAGCCAGGGCAAAAAGCAGCAGCUCCUCCUCUGGCUUUGGGGAAAGAGGAUCAGGCCUCCAAGAGAAGCAGUGAACCAGCCCGGAAGGCCAGUGAAGGAAAGAUAGAGGAAGGGCAGCUGCCGCUGCCUGUCCCAGACCCCAAGCAGCCUCUUCCCUCUGCCACCCGGAAAGCUGGCAAACAAGCACCGCCUGCCUUGUCCCCCGUCCAGCUGCCUAGCUCAGGCCCGCCCAAAAAGGAAGCCCCCAAAACUGUCCUGGCUGAGCCUAAGAAAAAAGCAGUGCCAUUCCUGGAAGCAGCCAUUGAGCAAAACAGACAGAAGAAAAUCAUUCCACGUCCCAACUUACUGGUGAAACAGAAACCAAAAGAAAAGGAGAAGCCCCUCCCAGUCAGCAAGCCAGAGAAUAGCGCGCUCAAUACCCUGAGCCCUUUAUCCAACAACACCCCUUCCAAGCAGAAGCCCCUGACUGACGGGGUCCACAGGAUCAGAGUGGACUUCAAGGAGGACUGUGAGGCUGAAAGCGUUUGGGAAAUGGGGGGUCUGGGUAUCCUAACCUCCAUUCCGAUAACUCCCAGAGUAGUCUGCUUCCUGUGUGCCAGCAGCGGGAACGUGGAGUUUGUCUAUUGCCAGGUUUGCUGUGAGCCUUUCCACAAAUUCUGUUUAGAAGUUAAUGAACGCCCUCUGGAAGACCAGUUGGAAAACUGGUGCUGUCGUCGCUGCAAGUUCUGCCAUGUCUGUGGGAGACAGCAUCAGGCCUCCAAGCAAUUGUUGGAGUGCAACAAGUGCCGGAACAGCUAUCACCCAGAGUGCCUGGGCCCGAACUACCCGACUAAGCCCACCAAGAAGAAGAAAGUGUGGAUCUGCACCAAGUGUGUUCGCUGUAAGAGCUGUGGGGCAACAACUCCAGGCAAAGGAUGGGAUGCACAAUGGUCCCACGACUUCUCUUUGUGUCACGAUUGUGCCAAACUCUUCGCUAAAGGGAACUUCUGCCCCCUCUGUGACAAGUGCUAUGAUGAUGACGACUACGAAAGCAAGAUGAUGCAGUGUGGGAAGUGUGACCGCUGGGUUCAUGCCAAGUGCGAAGACCUCUCUGAUGAGAUGUAUGAAAUCCUCUCUAACCUUCCGGAGAGUGUGGCUUACACCUGCAUUAAUUGCACUGAACAGCAUCCUCCUGAAUGGCGGCUGGCCCUUGAGAAAGAGCUGCAGCUUUCUUUAAAGCAGGUCUUGACAGCCCUGCUGAACUCCAGAACAACCAGCCACUUACUGCGUUAUCGGCAGGCAGCCAAACCUCCUGACUUGAAUCCUGAAACAGAAGAAAGUGUACCCUCUCAAAGUUCUCCCAAAGGCCCAGACCCUCCCAUACUUACAGAGGUUGGCAAGCAAGAAGAACAGCCACCACUCGAUCUAGAAGGCGUGAAAAGGAAGAUGGACCAAGGAGGCUAUUCUUCUGUGUUGGAGUUUAGCGAUGAUCUUGUUAAGAUAAUCCAAGCAGCUAUCAAUGCGGAUGGAGGGCAGCCGGAACUCAAGAAAGCCAACAGUGUGGUGAAGUCCUUCUUCAUGAGGCAAAUGGAACGAGUUUUUCCAUGGUUCAAUGUAAAGAAGUCAAGAUUUUGGGAACCAAACAAAGUCACGGCAAACAGUGGAAUGCUGCCUAAUGCUGUCCUGCCCCCCUCCCUUGACCAUAACUAUGCACAGUGGCAGGAGCGUGAAGAAAACCGUUCUGCUCAGCAGCAGCCCCCUCUGAUGAAGAAAAUAAUUCCAGCUCCAAAACCCAAAGGGCCUGGAGAGCCAAACUCCCCCACGGCACUGCAUCUUCCUGCCUCACCCUUAUCCAGUCCUGACAGAAGCCAAGACGAUAGCCCAGAACUUUCCCCUCCUUUGGAUGUGGAAGACAACCGGCAGUGUGCUCUUUGCCUGAAGUACGGUGAUGAUGGAGGCAAUGAUGCUGGCCGUCUUCUUUAUAUUGGUCAGAAUGAGUGGACCCACGUGAAUUGUGCCCUGUGGUCAGCUGAAGUGUUUGAGGAGGAGGAUGGCUCCCUGAAGAACGUCCACGUGGCUGUGAUUCGUGGGAAGCAGCUGUUUGACAAUCAGAGUAACAUGCCAAUCUUGCAGCGAUGUGAGUUCUGCCAGAAGUCGGGUGCCACAGUCGGCUGCUGCCUGGCCACUUGCACCAGUAACUACCAUUUUAUGUGUUCUCGGGCCAAAAAUUGUGUCUUCUUGGAGGAUAAGAAGGUGUACUGCCCACGGCACAAGGACCUGAUCAAAGGAGAGAUAGUGCCAGAAAAUGGCUUUGAGGUCUUGAGAAGAGUCUUUGUGGAUUUUGAAGGAAUUAGCUUGAGGCGGAAGUUUCUGAAUGGUUUGGAACCAGACAACAUCCAUGUGAUGAUUGGGUCAAUGAGCAUUGACUGUCUCGGCAUCCUGAAUGACCUUUCUGACUGCGAAGACAAGCUCUUUCCAGUUGGAUAUCAGUGCUCCCGCGUUUACUGGAGCACAACUGAUGCUCGAAAACGUUGUGUUUACACGUGCAAGAUCAUGGAAUGCCGUCCUCCUCUCCUAGACUGUGACAUCAACAGCACCAUGGAACAUGAUGACAACCGGACCAUUGUCCACAGCCCAGUGUCACUUUCAGCAGAAAUUCCGCCCAGAGAUGGUCGUGCAGCAUCUCCCACAGUAGAUCUUUCUCCACAUCCUCAGAACUUCAAGGCUCUGCGGAUCAGAACGCCAAGUUUUGCUCCUUCCCAGCGAACUCCGGGUUCGAGGCCAUUGCCUUCUGCAGGAAGCCCUACCCCUGUGACGCAUGAGAUCGUAACCGUGGGAGAUCCUCUGUUAUCCUCUGGACUUCGGAGCAUUGGCUCCCGGAGGCCCAGCGCAUCUCUGUUUUCACAGCCACUGAGGUCUUGGAUGCUGCCUCCCACCAGAGUUGGGGCCACUAAUGCUCAGCACAGCACCAUCUCUUCAGGACCCAACAGGAGUCCCAUCCCAGAGCAUAGCGUGAGCAUCAAAUAUACCGAACGCUCUGUGGGACCAGCAGCCUUGCACAUUGCUCUUCAGGACACAUUUGCCCCUCCCAGUCCAGCCAUCCUAAGCGGAGGCAGAGGAGCUUCUCCUCGGGAGGGAAGCCUUUCCUUUGAAACUGUGCCUUCUGCCAAAUUAGAUAAAGGGAAGCUGCUGAGCCCCAAAGAUCCGAGUGCUUCCUGUGGACAAAGCAUCUCUGGCCCAGAAGGAAAGCCAAGCAAGGGAGGGAAGUUUCUAGAGUCCUCUUCUGGACUGCUUUCUCCCAAAGACUCCAUCGUUUCUUCACUCUUGCAUCAGAACCCCCCAAAGAAGGAACAAGACCGGCAUCUAACACAGGCAGACAAAAAUUGCUUUUAUAAAGCCCCAGAAGCAAAGACCUCACCAUUUUCAAGGAAUCAAUCCCCAUGCACAAAUGAUCCAGUAUCUUCUGUGGGGAGAGAGAGGAGACAGAAAAUGAAGAAGGGGACAAAAGAGAGACAUUCUAGUAAGCUUUUUAGAAGUUUAAGUGUCCUCCCAAGUAGCCACAAAGAAUGCGCAGAGACAGAAUUUGUUCAUCGGGCAAUGACAUCUGAGCAUAUUCAUCAGCAGCAAUAUAAUUGCAUUGCUGUUGAGAAACUCAUUGACAAUGGCCUCCUUGGCCAAGAGACAUCCAAAGCCGCUUUCCAGAGUGACAUGGCCGCCUCCAAGGAUUUGCAGAAUUCACAGAAGCGCACAGUAAAAGUAACCCUGACUCCGCUCAAAAUAAUGGAAGGUGAGAGCCAGUCCAAAAAUGUUCCAAGAGAACAAGAUGUGGAAUCUCAGCCAGGGGUUUGCACAUCUGUGCCCCUGUCAGCUUCCAUUCCAGAGCACUCGGGAAAUGACUGUAUUGUCUCAGAAACUCAAAGCUCUGCUUCUUCCUCAAUGGCCCCAAGCGAUCCCCCUUAUCCAAAUCUGCCUGUUCAAGACAGCGGCUUGAUGAUCCAGGAUGGAGCCAAAGAACAGGAAGAUGGGUCCUACAAGCGGCGAUACCCUCGGCGUAGUGCGCGUGCCAGAUCCAACAUGUUUUUUGGUCUGACACCUUUGUAUGGUGUGAGGUCAUAUGGUGAGGAAGACCUUCCUUUCUACAGCAACUCCACCGGCAAGAAGAGAGGCAGGCGGUCUGCUGAAGGCCAAGUGGACGGUGCCGAUGACCUCAGCACAUCAGACGAAGAGGACUUGUAUUACUACAACUUCACCCGAACGGUUGUCUCAAGCUCAGAUGAGCACAUGGCUUCUCAUAGUUUAUUCCGUGAAGAGGAACAGAUCAGUCUCCCCAAAAUCUCGCAGCUGGAUGGUGUGGAUGAUGGGACAGAAAGUGAUGCAAGCAUCACAGUAACGACGAGGAAAAUCAAUUCAGGAAACAAAAGGAGCAGCAAAGAAAAUGGAACAGAAAGCUUAAAACUUGAACGAAGUGAAGAUAGUGGGGAGAAAAUGCAAGUGACCAAGAGUUCAGUUGGCCAUAAAACAGCUGAUCCCAAAAUGGACAAUUGCCGGGUCAAAACUCAAGAUUCUCUGGAAGCUCAGCUGAGCUCCCUAGAAGCUGUUGGUCGUCGUCCUCGUGCCAACACGGAGCCCUCUGAGAAGAACCUGCUGGAUACAUUCAGCACAGAACUGCUGAAGUCUGACUCCGACAAUAACAACAGCGAUGAUUGUGGGAACAUUCUUCCUUCAGACAUCAUGGACUUUGUUCUGAAAAACACCCCUUCGAUGCAGGCCCUGGGGGAGAGCCCGGAGUCGUCGUCCUCGGAACUCCUGACUUUGGGAGAAGGACUGGGCCUUGACAGCAAUCGGGGCAAAGAUAUGGCUCUCUUUGAAGUGUUUUCUCAGCAGCUGCCAACAGCCGAGCCGGUAGACAGCAGCGUCUCAUCUUCCAUUUCAGCAGAGGAACAAUUUGAGCUGCCCUUAGAGCUGCCUUCGGAUCUCUCAGUCUUGACUACCCGGAGCCCUGCAGUCCCCAGUCAGAACCACAGCAGACUUGCAGUCAUUCCAGAACCUUCCCUUGCCGCCUCAGGGGAGAGAUCAAUGUUAACUCUCCCUUCCUCAGAUUCUGUUGAGAAGAGGGUGACGGUCACAGAAAAGGCUUCCUCCGGUGAAGCAGAGCCAACGUUGCUAAGCCCACGAGUGGCCCCAAGCCCUGAGGGCCCUCUGACCCCUGAUCCUUUCAUUCAGAGCCACCUGGAAGCAGAGCACAUGGCCAGCCCGCCCUGUGGACCGAGGGAAGCUGGUCUCGGGGCCGGCCAAGAUCUGGCCGGCAGGAGCAGCGGGACCCCUGGCCUUCCCGUUUCUCCCUCCCACCCGCUCCAGAAUCCCAAAUACAGGCCAAGUGCUCCCGACAAGCCCGGCCCAUCUCCCAUCUCAAAUGCUGCCGUGCAGACCGCCCCUCUCCACCUGAAGGCUGCUGCAGAAAAGCUCUUGGUGGUCAACCAGAAUAUGCAGCCUCUUUACGUCCUUCAGACGCUGCCAAAUGGCCUCACCCAAAAGAUUCAGCUGACUUCUCCCAUCAGCUCUGGGCCAGCCGGGAUGGAGGCCGGGGCUUCUGUGCUGGGCCCAAUGGACACGGCCAGCCUUGCGCUGGCUGCAGGCCUGAGCCCCGGCUUACCUUCCACCAGGCCUCUCUUUCCUGCAGCCAGCAAAGGCCUGCUACCCAUGCCUCAUCAGCAGCACUUGCAUUCCUUUUCGGCCAGCCCCUCCGGUGGUGGCGGCGGCAGUAGCACCAGCAGCUUCCCAGCAGCCCUUGGCAGUGCUGCCUCAAACCUUCUGAUUGGGGUCCAGCAGCUGCCUGACCCCGAGGUGAAUCCAAGGGCAGAUAUUGGGCCUACAGUCACCCCUCCUCCUGCCGGCCUGGGCAAGAAACGGCCCAUUGCACGCCUGCACUCCCGAAGGGCCAAAAAGCCUGCUCCUUCUGCUGCUGCUCCUUCGGACCUGGCCUCAAUGAACUUCCCUCGGUCCUCCCCGCCCAGCCACCCAGGCCUGCUUGAUCUGGGAGCCGCGUGCCCCCGAACCGUGCCCAGCAUGAUCAAGCGAUCCAAGCCAGGGGUCAUGUACUUUGAGCAGGCGCCUCUGUUGCCUCAGGAGGUGGGGACGGCUGCUGCAGAAGCAGCCCUUGGAGCAUCUCCCAGCAUAGCCUCCCCUCCACCUGGACGGAAUGUGCCCCCCUUGCCAGCACCUAACCCUGGCCCAGCGGUCCCACCCCACCUGUUGGGAAAAGGGGGCUCUGACGUGCCAGGCGUUUCGGAUAUGAGCUCCCUCAGCAGCCUGUUAAUUAAAGCCACUCGACAAGGGCUGAGCCUCCCAGAGCAGCCUGCUUCAGCACCGCCGCCGGCUUCCAGGAUGUUUCCGUCACAUAAGGAGGUUUCGUUGGCCCAGUCUGCCUCUGCAGGGCCGGCAACGACUGCUGUAGCCACCGGCAUCUCUGUCUUGCCGCCCUCGAAGGCCACGGGCAUGUCUGCUGAUCCUGGAAGCGCCUACCAGCCUGAGCCUCUCGCACAGCUUUUGGCUUGCAAGGCUGGGCCGCCCCCCGCUCACCUGGACCUCCCCCCCUCACAGGCAACUCCCCUUUCAGACUUCCCCCAGCUGAUGGAUACGGCAGCCGUGGGACGAAACAAAUCGGCCCCCUGUGUCCUCACAGCCUCUCCUGGGAGCUCCCCUUCCACCGUGCUGGGCUCCACCAGGACCAAAUCCAAAGUCAAGCGCUUGCCGACCCCUUUGGGCAGCAAAGGAUCUGGGAAGAAACCCAGGGCACCUCCAUUCUGGAACAGCUUCCCUGGCCAGUGCAUUCCACCACAAGGCACGAGGGUGGCAGCCCAGGACCCAGGCGGAGGGCCCCAGCCCUUGAGGGUGCAACCAGACGAGGCAACAGACAUCCUGCAGCCAGCCCACAAAUCAGUAGGGCCUUUACAGCCUCAGCCACAAGUGCAGCCAACACCGUCCUCUUCAAACGAGUUAGAGCGUGCAGAUUCCAAUGCUGAAGAGGAAGAAGAGGAAGAAGAGGAGGAAGGCAGCUUUAGCUCCCCCCUCAUGUUCUGGCUGCAGCAGGAGCGGAAGCAGAAAGAAAGCCUUGCAGAGAAGAAGCCCAAGAAAGGACUGAUUUUUGAAAUCUCCAGUGAUGAUGGCUUCCAGAUCUGUGCAGAAAGUAUUGAAGAAGCCUGGAAGUCCUUGACAGACAAAGUUCAAGAAGCUCGGUCGAACGCCCGCCUGAAACAGCUUUCCUUCGCAGGUGUGAGUGGGCUACAGAUGCUGGGCAUUCUCCACCAUGCUGUUGUGUUCCUGAUAGAGCAACUCUGUGGAGCCAAGCAUUGCUCCAACUACAAGUUCAGGUUCCACAAGCCAGAGGAGGCCAAGGAGCCUCCCGUGAACCCCCACGGCUCUGCCAGGGCUGAAGGGCACCUCAGGCAAUCUGGUCUUGACAUGUUCAAUUUUCUGGCUUCUAAGCAUCGCCAGCCCCCACAGUACAAUCCCAACGAUGAGGAGGAAGAGGAGGUGCAGCUGAAAUCUGCCCGGAGGGCCACCAGCAUGGAUCUUCCGAUGCCCAUGCGCUUCCGACACUUGAGGAAGACCUCCAAGGAGGCAGUUGGGGUUUACAGGUCUCCUAUCCACGGACGGGGCCUCUUCUGCAAAAGAAACAUUGAUGCAGGGGAGAUGGUGAUUGAAUAUGCCGGCAAUGUGAUUCGCUCCAUAUUAACUGACAAACGUGAGAAAUAUUAUGACAGUAAGGGCAUCGGCUGCUACAUGUUCCGUAUCGACGACUCAGAAGUCGUGGACGCCACCAUGCAUGGAAAUGCAGCUCGCUUCAUCAACCACUCCUGUGAGCCCAACUGCUACUCACGAGUUAUCAACAUUGACGGGCAGAAGCACAUCGUCAUCUUCGCCAUGCGCAAGAUCUACCGUGGUGAAGAGCUCACCUAUGAUUACAAGUUUCCCAUUGAAGAUGCCAGCAACAAGCUGCUCUGCAAUUGCGGUGCCAAGAAAUGCCGACGUUUCCUCAACUGAGCAGCCAAGCUGAGCCACAGCAGUGGCCAGAGGAAAGUCAGGUGCUGGUGCCCCUCCACAGCCACAGAUGCGUUGACUUGAUCUGGCACGUCCUGCUCAGAGCGAGGUGGACUUUGGUGUGCUGUGAUGGGACUCAGAAAAUGGGAACGUGGGCUGCAGCAACCAAGGUUGUCCUGAGCUGGCACGAGCACCUGGUUGCCUCUUCAAGCUUGGAAUGUGCGCCCUACCCUCAUGUUGCAGCUUGGGCUGGCAGCUGAGUGGUGGUUCUCCAAAAUUCCUGUGGCCACUGGGGAGGAAUCCCAAGGCAGCAGUUUGGGCAGAUAUAGUUCUUUGGAUGAGCUUUCAGGAGGGCAAGCAGACCUUUGGGGAAGAGCUUCUGUCCCAGAGAACCACCUCGUGUACUGAACGUUUACAACUGACCCCCCCAGCUGCCACUGGCCCUGUCAGAAAUUUAGUGGCCCCCAAAGUCGAAUUGGAGCCGCACCCCCCCCCCGCCCUCCCGGGUGCAGCUUGUUUUCUGAGGAGGAAAAGUGCUGGUCAGUCCGAUCGGAGCUGCUGUGGCAGUCGCUGGAAGAGCAGCAGCCGCUGCAUUUGCAAAGGAGAGGAGGGAGCCUGGACUUUGUGAAAUCCAUGACCAUUUUCAAGCCUCUAGAAACAGCCCCCCUCAGCCUCCUUCAGUUGCACCAUCUCAAAUUAAGUCUUUGGAUUUUCCUUGGUUCUGUUUACAUUUUAGUAUUUAAAAGUUUUAUAAAUGUAAAUAUAUUUUGUAUAUUUUUCUAUGAGCAGCACUUCAUAGGAAAGAGCACUUAGGAGACUAUUUUUUCAGUCAUGGUUGCAUCUUGACUUAAAAAAGAAUCCAUUUUAA